CGAACAUUCCGUGGUAUUGCAGCGCCACACACAUUUCAGCCGUCAAUGAGCGCGUUUCAUUGGUUGAACACAUUCUGUUCAGCGAUUGGCUGCUUUCGAUGUCAGUCAAACCUACGCGGACGUUCAGGCAACGUCGUUGAUGACUGAAUGAACAAAACUCCUGUGAAUAUCUUCAUUUUACAUGGAAAACAUCUUUACGCGUAAAGUUAAAAUGCCAAGAAAAAAGAGAAUGCAUCCUGAACAUGAUGCCAAAGAACAUGUGUUGACAGGCAAAGACAAAGCCUUCAUUGAGGAAAGACACAUCAAUGCAUUUAAAGGGAGAGGUGUGUUUGCGCUUGAACACAUUGAAAAAUCCACAUUUGUUGUACAGUACCGUGGAAUUCUGUCCCAGAGUAAACAUGUUGAAGACACGCAAGGCAACUACUUGUUUGAUUUCACAUGGAAUGGAAGACGUUAUUGCAUCGAUGCUUCAAAAGAGGAUGGAUCACUUGGAAGAUUGGUGAAUGAUGAUCACAUACACCCAAACUGCAAAGUCAAGACAGUUGUGUUUAAAGAAAAGCCACACUUAUGCCUUUUUAGUAUUAGAGAUAUCUUUCCAGAUGAGGAGAUAACGUACAACUAUGGUGAUUCCUCUUGGCCAUGGCGAUCCAUGGAAUUGGGUGAUAAGAGCUCAGGGACUGUGGACGAUUGCAGUUUUCAUCCUUCUCCAUCAGAGAAUUACAGUGUUAAUCCUUCAUCAGAGAAAGAGAAAGAAUUGGGUGAUAAGAGCUCAGGGACUGUGGACGAUUGCAGUUUUCAUCCUUCUCCAUCAGAGAAUUACAGUGUUAAUCCUUCAUCAGAGAAAGAGAAAGAAAAGGAAAAGUGCCCCCAGAUGAGGCUGUGAGCUCCACAGUGCCCAAAUCAAGGAGAGUUGUGAAAAGGCCAUGGAGCCAAAUGGAAGUGAAUGCCGUAAUGAAACAUUUCAAAGCACAUAUUUUAAAGGGACACCUCGCCACAAAGGCAGAAUGUGAGCAGUGCAAGAAUGCAGAAGACCCUGUCCUAGGAGAAAGAACUGUGCAAAAUAUAAGGGAUUUCGUGAGGAAUCGAGGUUUGAUGUUUAAAAAGAAAUGCUCUUAGAAAGAUCAGUACCAUUCCGUUAAGGUCUGUGGCUUUUGUUCAAGAUUUGAGUGGAUGACCCUGUUUUUGUUCAAAACAUACGGUUAUAUAUUAAGUAAGACAUUUAUUGACGUGUACACAUUUUGUUGUGUUAGUGUGUAUGUUAGUAAUGUGCUGAUGAAUCCAGAUUGUCCUCACUGUUCAGGUUUGAUCAGGUGUGUGUGUGUGUGAAUGAUGUCCUGAUGAAUCCAGAUUGUCCUCACUGUUCAGGUUUGAUCAGGUGUGUGUGAAUGAUGUCCUGAUGAAUCCAGAUUGUCCUCACUGUUCAGGUUUGAUCAGGUGUGUGUGUGUGUGUGUGUGUGUGUGAAUGAUGUCCUGAUGAAUCCAGAUUGUCCUCACUGUUCAGGUUUGAUCAGGUGUGUGUGAAUGAUGUCCUGAUGAAUCCAGAUUGUCCUCACUGUUCAGGUUUGAUCAGGUGUGUGUGUGUGUGUGUGCGUGUGUGUGUGCGUGUGUGUGUGUGUGCGUGUACGUGUGUGUGUGCGUGCGUGCGCGUCCGUGUGUGUGUGUCUGUGUGUUAGUACGUGUGCAUAUUGUGUGUGUGGAGUGUUUUGUAUGUGGGUAUGUCUGUCUUCUUUUUUUCACCUUUUUCUUGUUUUUGCAGGUACAACUGUAAUUGGUUUGUUUAUAGUCAAUAUGUCUUAUGUACAGCUGCUUUGUAACAAUGAAAAUUGUAAAAAGCGCUAUAUAAAUAAAGUUGAGUUGAGAGUUAUAACAGUCUAAAUACGAGCUUUGCUGUUCGCUUUGAGCUGGUCUGGUUUUUGGUCUUACAACUGGCCCCAGCUGUCCUUCUUCACUUAACUCUACUUUGCCUUCCACUUGCAUAUCACCAGACACUUCCAAAAACCCCUUGAGUAAUGCAAAUUGUCCUUCUAAUGUCAUAUAAGAAGGGGGGUCUACACACACUCCUUUUGACACACAGACAUCAUCCUUUUUUCUCUGUUCUUCUUGAAGUAUUUUGCUUGCCUGUUUAAGUAAAAUUUGUGCUUUUCUUAAACACUUCUUGUUCUUUUUCUCGAUUUUCCUGUCCUUUUUAUUUCUUUUACCCAUAUCUUUAAUUUUGUGAUUUUUAACCAAUGUGUCCGUUUCAUCACACAAAGCCAAAUCAAAGGAACCCUCCCUUGGCCAAUUUGUAAACAUGUUUUUUGUUCUUUUCUGCCAUUUCUUUGAGAUAUUAUUUAUAAGUUCUUUACUCAAGGGGUAUUUUAAUCCCAACAGCUCUACAGGAGUUGCUGCCAUAAUUCUUCAAUACAGCAACGUUUCCACUUUUAAAGUUUAUUCACUCAAAACCUUUUUCAAAAUUCUCGGAUUUACAAAACUCUUUCUUUUUUACCAACUUUUUAUUUUUCCCAAGUAUUCAAUUUAAUACAGAUUCUCAAAGUGAUAUCCAUUUUCUUCUUAAUAAUACCAAACAGCAAUAUCAGCCACUUUUUCCUUAAUCCUAAAUUUUACAUAUCAUUUUUCAACCAAUCAUAGAGUAUUCAAAUUUUUAUAACUUGUUAUACACCUUAUAAACAAUAAUAGUCUUUCAGUCACAUUAACCUAUACCGGUAAGACUUUAAGCAAGUAUUAUGCAACAUUCAUACCAGUACCUUUAUUCAUUUUGGGCUCAAAUUCUCAAACAUCAUUAUCUCUUUAUUUUCAGAGAUUUAUGCAUGCAUUCUGUCUCUUUAUUCAUAGGAUGUAUGUGUUUAUACUAGUGCUGUCAAUUGUUUAAAAAA